AUGCCAAGGACACUGCCCUGGCUGAUCGGCCAGCAUGACACUGGUCUGGUGAAGCCAGAAUCGACGCCGCGGAAGCGCAUCAAAGCGGAGCCGGCUCCGGAUCACGAUCAGACUCCCAAGAACCCACCAUCCUCGCCUGACAAGAGGAACUUUCUCAGAUCAUCUCAAACCCCGCCUACGUCUCCGAUCAAGCGAUGCCCGUCCGAAGAAUUCUUGAUCGAAGGCCUAGAUAAAGACGACGCUUGGAUUAUGGUCGAGGAUGAAUUCUAUGCCGUCGCCCAGACAUUCACUCAACACUUACAUUACGCGGAGUACGUUCGGCGGACGAAGGAAGCAAAGGCUCGGAACGCGGCAAGUUUAGGGGAAUUGGACAGACCCACGGAUGGUCGAACAGCGCUACCAAAGAAUGUCCAACGAAAGCAUGAAGCCGAGGAGCUUGCAGCACGUCAGAAGUCCGGGCUGGGACAAGUAUUAGGGGAGAAUGCCGACGAGAACGAGGAUACAGAUGAAGAGAAGAUGUGGGCUGGGACUCAUCUCCAUGACCUGUUGACUAGCCCGAGAAAGGCACGGUCGCUGGCCGGCGUGCAGACCAUCAAGUCUGCUACCAGAGCAGCUGCAGGGUACGGACAAGCGGCUGCUUCUACCAGCAGCCAGGCGCCGGUUACCAGUGGCGAUGGACCUCCUUCGCCGUCGAGGGCUGCAGAGGUCCAGCGAAUGGACGUUGAUGAGGAGACCGCAACGGAUGAGGAUGAUGAUCUUGACCUUGAAGUUACUACUGCUCCUGCACCGGUGAGACGGCAGCCCGGCAAUCGAUUUGGCAAAGUUUCUAGCAGCGUGUCUACAGACAAAACCAGAUCAGCCGAAAAGCCAAACGCAUCCUCCUCGAAACCUGAAAGACAACCAUUUGCUCCUAGUCAGAGACCAGCGGCGAACGUGCGAAAGUCGAGAAUGCAAAUGUUAUUUGACGACCUUGAUGAGCUGCCAGCGCCAUCUCGGUCAAGAGCCUCUGUAUCUGAUAGGAAAGGCGAACAGAAAAGUGAACAUAUUCCCUCAGAUGAAGUGCCAGCGGGAAACAACGACUCCCAAGCCAAAAAAGCACGCUAUAACGAAGUUCCAACAUUCUUGGUGUGA